AUGAUAUUUCGUUCUAGAAAGUACAGCCUGUCCCCAAAUGACGUGGGGAGCCCUAGUAGCUAUAGCAAAGUGCGACGGGAGAGACCCAGUUCGGCGCCCAGUACUGGUAGCAGCGGCAACUACAAUAACAGCUACGACAUUCCACGUGUAGAGCAGAGGCUUCGCAUUGUAAAACGGAGUCGUGCACGACAAACACCUGAUAUGUCGUAUAUACCUUCAAAUAAUUCACCAUCCCCAUCUCCAUCUCUUGUAUCAUCGUUAGGAGCAGUACCAAUGCCACCAGCUGUAGACCCACCUUGUGUGGCGUAUCCUAUGUUUGACCUCUCGCGUCUCCCUCAGCAUGAGCAAAACACAAUAGAAGCACUAGUGACAGAGAUCACAGAUGCUAUUGCUUUCCCAGAUGCGAGGCAAAGAUAA